CAGGGCGCCGCACACCGAAACACUAUUUCCUUCGAAUUUCUUCCCUCUUGUUGUUUCGUUUCUUCUUUAAGUUGAAACCUGCAAUCAUCGAGUCGACCAUCUCCGCAGUCGGUAAAACUGGACUUAAAAAAGAGUCUUGAGUCUGUGUCAGUUGUUUUGAGAAAAUUUGAGUAAAAUUUUCUCAUGAAAUACUCGUUGGGCAAAAGGGCUAAGGAUGUCCAACAUUCCGACUUGUCUAUCUGAAGUUAGCCUUACCCUUUUUCGCCUGACCAUGUCCAUCGCCGAUCCUUGGCCCUUCUCUUAAAAUCCACUGCAUUCUAACAAAACCCAGCUUUCUAUACAGAAAAAUUCGAAGACUGCAAGCAUCAAAAAUUGCCAAACGCGCGCACCAUGAGAAAGACCAGAGGUUUCAAGAUCGGAAAACGAUUGGUUCGGAUCUGGGGAUGGAUCGUCCGAAAAACCCGAAGCGCAUCCGGGUACCAGCGGCUGCGAUCACCGAAAACAGCGUGCACGUUGAAGCCCAUUUCCAAGCUCCUCAGCUUGGGCCGACGCUUAACAAGCGGAGCCAAGUCAAUCUGCUCGGCCAAACCCGGGUCGGGUUACAUGCGGGUCGGUGAAGAACCGGUGAAGGAAAACUCGAGGACUGUACCGAAGGGUUACUUGGCUGUUUACGUCGGCCAGAAAGAUGGAGAUUUUCAUCGGGUGUUGGUUCCUGUGUUUUACUUUAAUCACCCGUUGUUUGGCGAGCUUUUGAGGGAGGCGGAGGAGGAGUACGGGUUUAACCAACAAGGCGGCAUCACGAUUCCGUGCCGGUUCUCGGAAUUUGAAAGGGUGCAGACCAGAAUCGCAGAAGGGUCUGGCAGAAAGAAGAUGCCAUGGAAGCGCCACAACUGACUUGGGUGGCGGUUUACCGGUGCUAAACGAUGAGAACGACGAUUAUUAUUCCAGUCGGUGAUUUUGAUAAGGAUGUGUAGCCUGGACAAUUAAACCUUCGUGUUUUUGGGUUAAAUCUUAAAUGCCAUUUUUAGUUUUAAA